GUAUGAUUCCUUUGUCCCUCCAAGUUGGUUAGACUUUACUUAAUUACAUGCAUUUGAUCAUAUAGUUUUACUUUGACUUUGAAAAUUUUGACUUUCGAUCCUUCCACCGUCCUCUUACUAUGUUGCCUCUUUCAAUCUCUCUGACUCUUAAAUUCUUCAACCCUAUAUAAACCACACUGUCCUCCAUCUCUCUCUCACAGAUUCAACAAACUCAGUACAGAUACCAUAAUCUCGGUUACCCAAAUGAGUAAAAGUUCAGCGCUGCAUGCAAUUUGUCCAAGCAGGGACCACAAGUUUAAGGGGGUUCGCCGUCGCAAAUGGGGCAAGUGGGUGUCGGAGAUUCGCGUUCCGGGCACCCAAGAGCGGCUCUGGCUGGGAACCUACGUCACGCCGGAGGCGGCGGCGGUUGCCCACGACGUCGCCGUAUACUGUCUCAGGAGGCCUUCUUCGUUGGACAAACUUAACUUGCCAGACACCUUGUCUUCUUACAGUGGUCAGCUGAGGGACAUGUCUCCAAGGUCUGUUCAGAAGGUGGCUUCCGAUGUUGGCAUGGAUGUCGACGCCAGAAACAUUGCUGCCGGCGGAAGUUCAAGUGGGGUGGCACAAAGUCAGGAGAGUGAGAAGAAAAUGGAGGAAAGGAAUGGCAUUGUUGGAGCUGAUGAUUCUGAUGAGUUCUGGUGGAAUGGUUUUGAGGGCUAUGAUACUGCGACUUGGAAAGGAAGCGGUGAAGAUUGUGCAGAUAGGGAUGCCUUGAACAUUUCCAUUGAAGACUAUCUUUAGGUGGAGAAAUCAAGCAGAAACUUUUUCCCUAGCCGUCAUUGACGAAAGAGAAGUGAUCAAGGUUUCAUCUACAGUGAUGUUUUUUGACUUUGAUGUAUAUAGUCUAGAUAGUUAUCCUCACAAA